AUGGCUUCUGCUUGGCAGAGAUUGGGUUUCUAUGUCUCUCUUCUGAAAAGGCAGCUAAAUGGUGGGCCGGAUGUCAUCAGUUGGGGAAAGAGAGUCAUUCCAGGAUGUUCCAGAGGAAUUUACAGUGCCACGGGCCAGUGGACGAAAGAGUAUACGCUGCAGACAAGAAAGGACGUUGAAAAAUGGUGGCAUUCACGAAUAAAAGAACAGGCCUCCAAAAUUUCUGAAGCUGAUAAAUCGAAGCCCAAGUUUUAUGUGCUCUCCAUGUUCCCCUACCCAUCGGGCAGGCUGCACAUGGGCCAUGUGCGUGUGUACACCAUCAGCGACACCAUCGCCCGGUUCCAGAGGAUGAGAGGGAUGCAGGUCAUCAACCCCAUGGGGUGGGAUGCGUUCGGACUGCCUGCCGAAAAUGCCGCCAUUGAGAGGAACCUACAUCCAGACAGUUGGACGCAAAGUAACAUUAAGUACAUGCGGAAGCAGCUUGACCGCCUGGGCCUGUGUUUCAGCUGGGACAGGGAAAUAACCACGUGUUUACCAGACUACUACAAGUGGACGCAGUACCUCUUUAUCAAGCUCUACGACGCUGGGCUGGCCUAUCAGAAGGAGGCCUUGGUUAACUGGGACCCCGUGGACCAAACAGUGCUGGCCAACGAGCAGGUGGAUGAGCAGGGCUGUUCGUGGCGCUCCGGAGCGAAGGUGGAGCAGAAGUACCUCAGGCAGUGGUUCCUCAAGACAACUGCUUAUGCAAAGGCCAUGCGGGACGCGUUGGCAGACCUCCCGGAGUGGUAUGGAAUCAAAGGCAUGCAGGCCCACUGGAUCGGGGACUGUGUGGGCUGCCACCUGGACUUCACCUUAAAGGUGGACGGGCAAGUCACAGGAGAGAAGCUGACCGCCUACACGGCCACCCCCGAGGCCAUUUAUGGCACGUCCCACGUUGCUGUCACUCCCGGCCACAGGCUCUUACACGGGCACAGCCCUCUAAAGGAAGCCUUGCGGAAGGCACUGGUCCCUGGCAGAGAUUGCCUCACGCCUGUGACCGCUGUGAACAUGCUCACCCAGCAGGAGGUCCCUGUCGUCAUCGUGGCCGACGCUGAAUUUGAGGGCUCUCUGGAUUCAAAAAUAGGCAUUCCCUGCACCAGCUCAGAGGACGCCGUCACAGCCCAAACCCUGGGCCUCUCCUACUCCGAGGUCAUUGAGACGCUGCCAGAUGGCACGGAGAGGCUGAGCGGCUCCGCUGAGUUCACAGGUAUGAGCCGGCAGGAUGCGUUUCUCGCCCUGACUGAGAAAGCCCGGAGGAAGGGAGUGGGUGGAGACGUGACGAGUGGUAAACUGAAGGACUGGCUGAUCUCCAGGCAGCGGUACUGGGGCACGCCCAUCCCCAUGGUCCACUGCCCGGCCUGUGGCCCCGUGCCUGUGCCGCUGGAGGACCUGCCCGUGACCUUGCCCAGUAUCACAUCUUUCACUGGCAAGGGAGGCUCCCCACUGGCCACGGCGUCGGAGUGGGUGAACUGCCCCUGCCCCAGGUGCAGGGGCGCAGCCAAGAGAGAGACAGACACGAUGGACACCUUUGUGGAUUCCGCCUGGUACUACUUCAGAUACACCGACCCUCAGAACACGCACAGUCCUUUCAGCCCAGCGCUGGCGGACUACUGGAUGCCCGUGGAUCUGUACAUUGGGGGGAAAGAGCACGCCGUCAUGCACUUGUUCUAUGCAAGAUUCUUCAGUCAUUUCUGCCACGAUCAAAAAAUGGUCAAGCACAGAGAGCCUUUCCAUAAGCUGCUGGCCCAAGGCCUUAUCAAGGGGCAGACCUUCCGCCUUCCAUCUGGUCAGUAUCUACGGAGAGAGGAAGUCGAUCUCACAGGUUCUGUCCCUGUUCAUGCAAAAACAAAGGAGACGCUGGAGGUGACGUGGGAGAAGAUGAGCAAGUCCAAGCACAAUGGGGUGGACCCCGAGGAGGUGGUGCAGCAGUACGGCAUCGACACGGUCCGCCUCUACCUCCUCUUUGCUGCCCCCCCAGAGAAGGAUAUCUUGUGGGACGUCAAGACCGACGCGCUGCCCGGUGUGCUCAGAUGGCAGCAGCGGCUGUGGUCCUUGGUAACCCGCUUCAUUGAGGCCAGAGCUUCCGGGGAGGUUCCCAGGCCCCAGAGGCUGAGCAGCAAGGAGAGAGCCGAGGCCCGCAAGCUCUGGGCGUUCAAGAACACGAUCAUCUCUCAGGUGACCGCCCACUUCACGGAGGACUUCUCUCUGAACUCUGCCAUUUCUCAUCUGAUGGGACUCAGCGGGGCCCUCUUGCAAGCUUCUCCGAGAGUCGUCCUCCACAGCCCCGAGUUCGAGGACGCUCUGUGUGCCCUGCUGGUGAUGGCCGCUCCGAUGGCCCCUCACAUCACCUCCGAGCUCUGGGCAGGCCUGGCGCUGGUGCCCAGGAAGCUCUGCACCCACUACGCCUGGGACGCCGGCGUGCUGCUCCAGCCCUGGCCGGCUGUGGACCCGCAGUUCCUGCAGCCGCCCGACGUGGUGCAGAUGGCCGUGCUGAUCAACAACAAAGCCUGCGGCAAAGUCCCUGUGCCCCAGCACGUGGCCCAGGACCAGGACAAAGUCCACGAGCUCGUCCUGCAGAGCGAGCUGGGCGCCAGGCUCCUGCAGGGGCGCAGCAUCAAGAAGGCCUUCCUCUCACCCAGGACGGCCCUUAUCAACUUCCUGGUGCAGGAGUGACCCCACCGGGUCCCCAAAGGACCUCCGUCCAGGCCUGGACGACGAAGAAGAUGCUGGCCAGGGCGGGGAAACACAGAAGUCCUGAAUGUUUACCUUCGCGCUCUGGCAGAUGGGCGUCAGCAGUGUGCCCUGUGGUGUGGCCUGGUGCAGGGUGAGGGUGGGCAGAGGAGAAAGAUGAGUGGUGGCGAGGGGGGGGGCAGCCUACCCCCCGCAUUACCUGGUGGAGGAAGCCAUUGACCCCAUUGAAGCCACCAGAGACGGCCGGGCAGGCACAGGAAGUGAUGGGCAUAGCACCAGGCCUCUCAAGCAGCCUGGUGCUUCUGGAUCCAGAAAUGGCACCCCCCAGGGACACCCAGGAACUUGUGGGUAAACCGAGCAGCCCCUUGAGGCUUGGGAGCAGCGUGGACAGUCCCUCUGAACGGGUAACAGCCUGGGCAUCAUGGUGGGUGGCUCCUCGCUCAGGCCAGAUGGGAAAGCCGUGUGGGUCCAAACACCCAGCACGUGGAUGGACGCCGGAGUCCUCAGACGUUGCGGUGCCAGUCCCUGUGCCAGUGUCCCCACUGCUCCUCAGCUCCGCCCUGUAGGUGGCAUCCUCCCCCGCCCCACUGGAUGCGCCCACCACCCGCCGGGCGGAGCAUCACUUCCUUCCCUGAGUGAGGAGCCGCUCAGCUAACCGCCCCUGCGGGGUAGAACAUUUGCUGUGCAGCGAGGCAGAACCAAGCCGCUUCCAGCCGCGGAUGGAACCAAUCUCAGAGCCACCGCAGCCCCGCAGGGAGUCUGCUCACUGGGCCCCAGAUGGCAACGCUGCCUUUGAGACCGUCCCCAGAGCGGGUUCACCACAGAGGAUGGGACGGGCGCCACCCGGCGUUGCCUCCCGUGUUCGAGCCGCCCCAGUCCGGCUGCUGGGAGGUGGCCAGGAAUGCACCUGUAUUGGUGGCGAACUAGGAUCAUCCUGGCUUUACGUGAAGUCAGCAACUCGCUGCUCCCACCAGAACUGACCGUAGCCACUGAGGAAUAUUGAUGGGGAAAGUGGGGGAGCAGCUAGCCAUUGUGUGACGCUGAAAAUCUUUUUUCUCGGCCAUUUUUCUGAAGUGGCCUCAGGGGCGGUCCCCCUGCAGCCCAGCAGUUAACAGAUGCCUUUCUUAAUGCAAUAAAAUGUUUGUCAUGUAUGACUCCGGGACAUCUGUGUGAUCCUGGAGUUAAUCAGGACCAGACUGAGGCUCUCCGUCACCAUCAGAGCGUUGGCUGUGAGCCCAACUCCACGUGGAAGCUAUAAAGUGAGACGCAUGGGGAACAGGCCGCCCAUUAGCAGCAGCGAUUAAGUCACUGGCUCUCAAACUUGGCUCGGACUGAAUCCUGUGCCUGGUCCCCAUGCCCAGAAACCCUGAUCGAGCUGACCCUCGGUCCGCUGGGCACCCGGAACCUGGCAGGCUCCACAGGAGAGCCGCCGGGUUCAUCGCUGCGUUUGAACCAAGGCGUCUAACUAGUCCUCUCUCCCUCGUGUCCAGCUUCAGUGGGACGUGUUUGGUCCAGAAACGCAGCAUGAUGGAGUGAGCUGGGAAGAUGAGGACGGAAGGGAAGGCAGGGCCACAGCUCCAGGCAGGCAUCUAAGACGUUCCCAGAGCGGCCUGAGUGCACACAGCCCGUGCCAUGUGCCAGCAAACGCGUACGAAAUAUAAGAAAUGGGUGAGGACAUUUGGUAUGAGGAGUGAAGGGCGUUUUUGCUUGCCUUGUUUAUUCCUCCCGUAAGCCGAGCGGUCUUGACCCCAUCAACAAAACGAGGGCAGGGAGUCCGUUGUCUGCACAGUCUGGCCAGAGCCAGGGCCAGGAAAGCCUCGCGGCUCCUGGAUUGACCGGGGCGGCUUUGGAGAACUUUCUCCAAGAGGAGAAAGCUUUGGCUCAGCGGCACUAAGAGAUAGCACAGUGGAAGCAGAACCGAGAGCUCUCCUCCCUGGGGGUGGGGAGGGGGUAGGAAGUGAUCUCAGUUCUUUAUUAACUGCCUCGAUUAGGUCAAAACUGGACUCGACAAGUUCUCUCGCAUUAUGUCAUUUAAUUCCCACAAACACCCUGGAGGGAAGGAAGUAUCUCUCAUAAAUAUGAAGAAACCCAGGCUCCGAGCUUCAGUAAUUUGCUGUUUCCACAGCUAAUAAGUAGAAGAGCCAGGAUCCAAGCCCAGGCCUUCUGGCCUCCAGAUCCCCUCCCGGCCCCCUCUGGGCCACCAGUCCCCCCUUGAAUCUUGCUUGAAGUACGACAGUUGGGAAAGUUGAGGUGUUGGCCGAAAGCGGCAUUUCAAGCAGAGUCGCUGGGGCUCCCCUCCUGUGAGGGCCUCGGUCUGGGAAGCCGGGAAGUCAGGGCGGUGCCCGCGGGACAGGGCCAGGUGUGGGUUCCUUAGGGCUGAGGUGUUGCCCAUCCAGCAGGAGACCCAAGCUCCAGGUCAAGGCCAGCAUUAUUUCUAUCAGAGAAAUGAAUGAAGCGAGUUUGUGCACAGGGAGAGCGGUGCCGGGGAAGCCCCACGGCAGAUGGCACCACAGCUGUCUGCCCAGGAGAAUGAAAUGAUCCCUGAGACCUAAAGCAGCACAGGCAUGGCUCAUCCCAACCUAAACGCACACCUGAGGACACUGGGUAAGAAAAACGGUGUGUGUGUGUGUGUGUGUGUGUGUGUGUGUGUGUGUGUGUGUGUGUGUGUGAAUCCUC